UUUAAUUUCCAAACCCUUAAAAAGCUUUCCGUCGAUAUAUAUAUAUGAUCCACUUGCACAAGAAAUUUUCCGGCGAAACGGAUCUGUAUUUGAGUCCUCCGGUUGCCGGAAUUGUUGCCGUCGAAAUGCCGGAACCCGACGUCCAUGUUGUCACCUCCGCCGGAAUACUCAUUCCGGCGCACUCUAAAAUCCUGGCUUCUGCAUCGCCGGUGCUGGAGAGCAUAAUCGAAGCGACGCAAAACCGCCAUAGCUCCGGCCGGAAAAUCCCCAUUCUCGGCGUGCCACACGACGCCGUUUCCGUGUUCAUGCAGUUUAUUUAUUCCUCGAGAUGCAGUGAAGAUCAAAUGGAGAAAUAUGGGAUUCAUCUGCUAGCACUGUCGCAUGUAUACAUUGUACCACAGCUAAAGCAGAGAUGUACAAAAGGUUUAGCUCAACAAUUGACAGUCGAAAAUGUGGUGGAUGUUCUUCAGCUCUCGAGAUUGUUCGACGCGCCUGAUCUUUACCUCAACUGCAUGAAAGUCUUAUCCAACAACUUCAAGAUCGUAAAAAAAACCGAAGGAUGGAAGUUUUUGCAAAACCACGACCACUAUCUCAAACUCGAGAUCUUGCACUUCAUCGACGAAGCUCAAUCCAGGAAGAAGAGGACAAGGAGGCGUAAAGAGGAGCAGAAUUUAUACAUAGAGCUAAGUGAAGCAAUGGAUUGUCUAGUGCAUAUAUGCACCGAAGGGUGCGGUAGUGUGGGCCCGUGUGAUAUGGAUCCGGGCAAAGAUAAGGGCCCGUGCAGCAAGUAUUCGACCUGCUACGGGCUUCAGCUUCUGAUUAAGCAUUUCGGUUCUUGUAAGAAUAGGGUUAAUGGAGGAGGAUGUUGGCGGUGUAAGAGAAUGUGGCAGCUUUUUAGGUUGCAUUCAUCCAUUUGUGAUCGAUCUGACGACUGCAGAGUUCCUCUGUGCAGGCAUUUCAUGACAAUAGAAGAUCGAAGAGGAAGCGAUGUGCGAUGGAGUUUACUCGUGAAGAAGGUGGCUUCGGUCAAAGCUAUGUUGACUAUCCCCAAGAGGAAGAGAGAAGAUGAACUAAGAAUGGAUGUGGACCAUCAAAUAAUGAGAAGCUCGAAAUUACAAAAUGUGGCUCCAUAAAAUAAAAUAGAUUACUUCAGGUUCGAAUGUAAAAUUUUGUUUAUAUGUUCAAUACAAUCUGUGAAAUUCUAGCCAUUUUUGUACUUAAUUGUUAGCUCUUAUAAUCAUGUUGAUCUAUUUUCCUCUGUUUUGUAGGUAUUUGUUUGCGUUGAAGUUUCACGUGCAGCACUCGGUAGACGUGUAACAUAAUUAGGACUGUAAAGUAUUGGUACAAACGCGUGAUUGUUCAAGAUUGUUUGAUUUUUUUUAUCGAGCUUCAAAAAUUGUUUUUGAACUUAGUUUGGUUAGCAACUAAUCGAGCUUGAAAGAUUUUUAAUCA